AUGAAGCUCCCAAAGGUUUCUGAAAGAAACAUUUACAUUGCUGCAGCUGUCUUAUUCUUUAUCGGCCUACACGUCUACACAGUUUUUUCAAUACUAUACGAUUUUAAAUGGGCAAUAUUCUCAAUAGUAAUCUUGGGAUUGGCCCAUAUAACGUGGAUAUACCUAUUGUUGAGCUACGUAUUUGCUGAUCAUAAAGAAGCGCUAUUUGGGGCAAUAUCCGAUGCAUUCGAAAAGCUAUUUUCCUAUCAAAUUAAGGGGUUUGCUGUGGUUCCUGUUGCCUUGAGCAUCCUCUUACCGGUCGGGUUUUUGGCAUGGCUUUUGCUGGAUAGUGAUGGGAAUUACGGGAGGUUGAAAUCGUUGGUGGCCAUUCCGGUGUAUAUUAUUCUAUGUGUAAUUGUGUCUGCAAAUCCGGCAAAGAUAAAAUGGCGACCGGUUAUUGGGGGUUUUGUGCUGCAAAUUGCUGUUGGGAUUAUUGUCUUAAGGUGGAGCCCUGGACAUGAAGCUUUAAGUUAUUUGUCGAAAAAGGUCGUCGGUUUUCUCGACUUCACGAAAGCCGGAACUACCUUCAAUUUUGGGUUCAUUGCAGCCCCGCCAAAUAUCUGCGGCAUGGGACUGGUCUUCCUCUAUACCAGCUUGCAAAUCAUCAUCUACUUCGCGGCCGUCGUGUCUAUCUUGAAUUAUUUCGGGAUUAUUGGUUUCAUUUUGUCAAAAAUCGCAAUUGUUAUGCAAUAUACAGUGGGUACGACAGCUGCCGAGAGUCUGAAUGCGGCUGCUUGCAUCUUUUUGGGACAGACGGAAGCGGCCAUUUUGAUUGAGCCAGCCUUGGCUUCAAUGACAGAAAGUGAGGUUCAUGCGGUGAUGACAGCCGGAUUUGCCUGUAUUGCGGGGUCGUUAUUUUCUGCUUAUAUUUCAUUUGGGGCUCAACCAGCUUACCUCCUCUCAGCCACCGUAAUGAAUGCCUCAGUUUCGCUUGCCAUAUCAAAACUGGUAUACCCAGAAAUUCAACAAUCACGUCAAAAAGAUGCCAGAUCUUUCCAGUUCAAGGGCAGUGAUGGAAAGAGUCUACUUCAACUUGUAUCGGAAGCAGCUUGCCACAGCUCGAGACUGGUUAUGGAUAUUGGCGUGAAUCUAAUCGUGUACAUCGCUUUGCUUGCAUUUUUGAACGAAGCUGUCGCGUAUGCUGGGGAUUGUAUUGGGAUUGCGGACCUAUCUUUUAAUAAAUUACUUGGUUAUUGCUUCUUCCCGCUCGCAUACUUGAUGGGCGCUUCUGAUGCUCCAGAUGCAAAGACACAAGUUCAAGAAUGUCUGCGAGUCGCUGAGUUGAUGGGGAUGAAAACAGUAUUAAACGAAUUUAUCGCUUAUCAGAGGUUGAAGGAAAUGGUGGCUGAGGGGACGUUGAAAGGGGCUCGUGCUCAAAUGAUCGCUACUUACGCGCUUUGCGGAUUUUCUAAUAUUUCCACAAUCGGGAGUCAACUUGGUAUUUUGGGUAGUAUGUGUCCGUGGAGGAGAGGAGUCUUUUCGAAGCUGAUUGUAAGAGCUCUUUUCGCCGGAUCAGUUUCCUGUUUUGUCACGGCAUCUGUAGCAGGUAUCCUUGUCUCAAAACCCUUGGAAUGGACAGCAUCGGGUGAUUCGCAUUGUUUCGACCCAAAUGCCCAUCUUGGCGGAAAUCUGACAACCACAGUACUCCCCUCAAUAUUCACCUCCACCGUCGCC